AUGAAUGAUUUGCAUUCAUCUUCCUAUACGAUCUUUCUUCCGUCUAAGCGAAUGAGUCCAACUGAGCAUGUGUUUGACUUGGGAGAACGUUUUGCUCUGAUUGAAAUCACGGAAUUGCACAAUGUGAUGGCUGUAGAGUUGCUGGAUAGAGUGAGGAAGAUUGCGACGAAACGGGGAGUUGUAUAGGUCAACGGAUGGACUUAUUUUCUGCAUCGGUGGUGUAAAAAAGGAGGAAAAGUCGACCUGUCUUCGGUUGUCUAUCGGACGUGGUAUUUAUUUGCGAGAAAACGACGUCUCUGCGAAAAUUUAUGGGAAUUGCGACCGAGUCUCAGGUUUUACUGUCCUUCGCUGGGCAGUCUGCUUUUUUUUUUUUCCUUGCCUGGGACGCUUGGAAUCUCCCGGCUUUUCUGCUCCACCCUUCGUUAUGCAGAACUUACUGUUUAAAUGUUAUUCGGGUACAAAUUAGUUCUUGAGUUGGAUUUGUUUCUCUCCGCUGAAUCCGUUUGAACUCUUUUUCAAUUGAAAUAUUUCCAAGGCGGUGUCCUGUGCUUUACUUCAAAAAGUUCAAAGCGUUUCGUUUGAAAUUGCAAAGAGCUCAACUUGACUUGAUUGUUGUCCAUUUGGUUUGAGUAUGCUUGGCCGGAUAUUGAAGUUUUGUAAGCUGUUAUUUUGAGCUAUUGAGUGGGUUGAAGUCGGAGAUUUGUCAGAUUUGUCAGAGUUCUGUUGUAAUGAAAUGGACGAUAAGUGAUUUGAGUUGGGCUGUUUGGGUUACUGGAUCAGUGUGAAGCACUGAUGGAGAGAGAAAUUCAGAAGAUUUUUGGCUGAUCGCGUGUGGUGGGAGAGCUCAAUCGGAAAAGCAAGGUGGGUGAGAAAGAGAAGCCGGGGUUCCCGAUGCCAAAGGGGGGUUCAAAGGUGUGUUCUGUAUUCGCCGGAGUCAGGUAGACAAAAGGAAGCCUUUGUUUUUUGUUUCUCUCAAUGCAUUUAACCGUUUUUUCCGGAGUGAGAACCACGGCUCGGACACACUUCGCAGAUUGUGAUAAAGGGCUCAGGGUUCCCGGGGGCCCAGCUUGUUGCUUCCGGUUCUCCAAAACCCUUCCCCUAUCCAUUUCCGGAGCUGUGUAGAGUGCAAGCAGGUGUUUUUGUUUCAUGAUUCUGUGGGAAGGCCAAGUUCCGCCAGCGCUUUUCCCGCUGCCGGGGAUCUUCGAGGUGGGUCGAGCUGCGAGUCCGCGCCCGAAACCUGAGCACCCGCGCAAGUUUUGAGAUGUGAAUCUUUUUUUUUAUGGGAAUGUCUGGGUUACCAGCAUGCUGCACCCUCUGUGUUCAAAGCGCUUGACUGUCCUUCCAGGUAGUUCAACUUAGACGAGAAUGUCAUUUUGCUUCCUGAACUGAAUCGAUGAACUGUUUGACGGGAGAGUUCGGUGAAACGGGGUGCAGUGGUGUGCCGCGCAGGAUUUGAACCGUGCCCUCCGUAUUGCGUACAGCGUAAACUUUCAAAUGUUUUCGAUUUGUUUAUAAUUUUAGAACUUUUUUGAAAGGCUUUGUUGAGCAUUUGAGAAGUUUCGUUGUGUGCGGUAAGAGGAAGAUUGUCCGGCAGCGAGGGUGAGCGAAAUGGUGGAACAAGCUUUCCGUGCAAGCGCGGCUUUCCAGUGGAAGAGAUUUUUUCAUUUGCCUUGGCCCCCAGGUGUGUAUGGCGGUUGUUUUUUUCGUGUUCGUUAAAAGGUUUUUGCAAUUUUUUGAGCAAGAUAUUUUCCAUGGCCGGUUUCACUGCGACGCGCUCGCAUUCCUGCGUCCUGGGUCGACGCCCACCGUAUGCUAUCCGUGUACAAACCAGGAUCCCCGAAUCGCUCGCCGUGGUCUACUACUACUACUCCUGCUCCUCCCGCUUUGUUUUUUUGGGAUGCUGAUGAUGAAAACAGCCUUGUUGGAAAAUCUGGGUUCUUCUAUUCGUCCGCUUGCACCCCCGGGAGACUUGAUGGCGUUGUUGCUACAUGGUGCUGACCCAAAUCAGAGGGCGAGCGAAUCUGACUUGGAAACGAGUCGGUUUUCUUAUUCUGUUUCUCGACGAAUUCGUGCCGUAACUGGGAAAGCUCUGGUCAGCCUCAUGCUGCAAUGAUUCCAUGACCAACGUGUCUAGGGUGGAUUAUGAGAUGAGUCUCUCACGCCUGCUG